AUGCCGUCGAGUCCUAGUAUCGCGCGGCUUAGUGAAAUACCUAAUAUGCCAUCAUCCGCGGAUCCUAUCUCAAGUGGUUCUACGAACUACCAACCCCUAUCUAGCGCAAGGAUAGCUUCACUCCUACCGGACCGUACUGAGUCGCGAAAUUUCGAUGGUGGAAUUGAUUCCGGGGGAAAUGAAGCUGCGAGACCUGACAGUCAUGGAAGAAGGGGUAGAUCCGUCACUCCAGUUCGUGCAAACGUGAAGCGUAAAAGAUCUGUCGCAUCAGCACCGGGAGAUACUACGGGUCAACUGUUAAGGAGAAGUAGCUCGACUGCGUCAGUCACUGGACACGAUUCAAAUCUCUACAAUAACACCAACACGAAAGAUCCCCCUCGAAGACCUAAUACUCCUCACCAGAGAAAUAUUUCGCGUGGGCGAUCUUCGAGGCGAAAAACACCCGAUACUAAUGACGUUGAAACACGAAAGCGCCGAAAGGUAGAUGGUAAGGAUGGAAGAUCUCGCGAACCACCUUCGGGGGGAGCUGAGAAUAUUAAAAAAUCGUUCAAAGUAACCAAAGGCUCAGAUGCUCUUGUCAUACAGCAAUUAUCAUUAUCCAGCACUGCGGAACAUAACAACGAAGAAAUCGCGUAUGAGCGCAAAGGGGCAUUUCGACUAAAGAAGAAUAAGAGGGUGGGUCAGUUUCGCUUUCCUAAAUCUAAAAGUCAGCCAGAGCCGCUUUGGAGAGCGGGCGAUGGAUUCACAGGUGAUGAAGCUAGGCCUGAUUUUGUAUUCCCUAUGGCUCGUUUGAACAAGCAAAGAUCUCGAUCACUUCCUGGUGUAGGAAAACUUCAAUUAGAAACUGAGAAUGAAAGUACUUUGGAGCCCAGUGGACUAAGAUCCGAUCGUCCAAAGGCCACAAAUUUAUCUCAAUUAGAGAUGAAGCGUCGGCGUGGUCCACCGAAGGAUGUGUGGCCUACUAGAGACAACUUCACGGAAGAAUUAGCAGUACGAAAACGGAACCCCACUGUACCGGAGGGCGAGACAAUUAUCCCAUCAACUGUGCCGUUCCGGCCUGCUCCGUCGCCCCACGUUAGGGAGACAUACAGUUAUAACAGGCCUAGUACGCUGAAAAGAAAGCAUUCGGAUUUCGAGAAUUUUGGGCAGCGCCUCCGAAACGGCGAUAAGCUGGGCUCCAUGAUCGAUAUACAAUCCCGUCCCCAGCAAGUUCACCAUAUGGGGUAUUAUGAGCCGGCUGACGGCGGAGAACACGAGGACGGGGAACGGGAUGAGGCGGAAGAAGACGAGAUUGUGCCUUGUUCUGUAUAUAGCGGGGAACUUAGCAUGGACGAAGAGACUAGCACUGGUUAUCGGGAAUCAUCCGGAGCUUCACCUGACCGCCAAUCCAGCACCGAUGAAUCAGCUAUGCCCGCUGCAGGCAGCGAGCGUGAGUUGCAGGAAGCCAAAUCAUAUUCCGAUGGUAUUGGAGCAGCGGGUGAAAUUGCUAGAGAAGUUCUCCCAUCCAGCUAA